AUAACUGUCAGUGAGUCGUGAGAGGCGAGAGCGAUUACUAUUCAUCAGUAUCUGUUUUGGCUUUCUCUGUGUGACGUACAUUUUCGGCGUGAAGAAAUAAAAUUUUGUAAUCAACCGAACUCGAGCGGCCGGAUUGGCUUGAGGCUAGAUUUUCCCACCGGGGAACCUUUCCGCCUAGUGUGUGUGCGAAACAUCUGGCGUUACCGUUUCAAUGGGAUUGGAUGUGACCGGUUGCUGUAGACUGUGCCUGAAAGAUGCCUCGAGCGAACAGGCUACUCACAUCGAUAUAUUGCAGCAGCAAGAAGUGGGCGAGCUUGUCCGGGACCUCUACGGUCUUAACAUUAAACGUUCCGAACGUGGUUCCAAGUAUAUCUGUUUGCCCUGUUAUAAGGAAGCUAUUAAUCUGAAGAAACAUCGCGAUCUUUACCGAGAUAAGCAGAGAUUCGUGUUGGUGAACCAGACGAUCUUAAAAUCACAGGCAGAUGCCUUUCCCGAGGAAGAUGAACCUGAGCUGGAAGUUAAUGAACCCUGGUGUGAUCCAAAUGCCGGAUACUGCCCUCCCGUUUCUACGCCAGUAGACAUACUACUCACUAUAGAAGACUGCAUGCGCAGUAAAUUGUUCCGCGAUUCUUUGCAAAACUAUUUCGAUCUGGGCCAUUUGGAUGUUUCGGGUCCUAUUUAUCAGGAGGAUUCUGACAGCUUUCUGGAUAUAUGGCAUCCUACCCAGUUGUUGUGCGGUAAAUGUCUACUAAAGUUUGACGAUCAAACCGGUUUUGAUGCUCAUCACGAAAAAUGUCGUCACAAAUGUAAAUUUUGUAAGCGCAACUAUGCAUUUUUGGAAAGCUACAUAAACCACGCUUGUUCGAAAAGAGAUCGGGUCCGUAACGAUAAGAAAAGAAAGUAUGACGAGUUCAUGGCUGAAUCUACUUUCAAACGAGUAAAAGUAUUCCCGAGCGAAACAUUGCCUGUUUCUGAUCAACCACCAGAAGCUCAGCCCGCACCAGCUGUUGAAAAAGACACUUUAGAAAUACUUCCCCUACCGGAUCUCUUACCGGCACCAGCUGAAGUGCCUCAUAUUGAUGGAGAAGCUACACUAGAUGCAGAACUUUCGAACUUGCUAGAACGCUGGUAUGGACAAACAGAAGAGCAUGACGGCCAUACUCGCAGUCACUUGGGGACUAUUGAAAUUACCAAUGACAACGGAACUAUUACGAAUUCAGAAUUCUACAGUCGUGUUAUUGAUACAGCUUAUCGGAAUGAUACCGCAAAACAAAAACCGUCUAUUUCAGUAAAACCGAUGAGUCAGCUUAUUAACACAAGUGUUGCACAAACAACCGUCGUCGAUGAUCCUCCACAAUCGUCCACUGUUACUGAAGCGCCUCCGGUAGAAAUAAUAGAAAUCGAUGACGAUGACGACGUCGCUGAUGGUCCGUCAGCUGCCUCCACAUCUUGCGUGCCACAGUUGACAACUUCAGAGCAACAAGCGCUCAGUGAGUCUGAUAUUUUGAACAUCGUCAAACAUUUCCGAGGAAUUGACGAAAACGAGUCAUACCUCAUCAAAGCCAAAAUUAACGGAGCUCAGAAGUUGAUUUGUAUCAGCAAGCGGAAAAACGACCCAAACUCUCCAUCAUCCAGUACGCCAAUAAUAGUGAAUAACAAUUCAGCGCUUCAAUCUGUUGCUAGACGCUCAGUAAAUAGACCAGCAACCAUUACGCCAGUUGCAAAACAAAAUUCAUCCUCGAACUGUGCGGAGGCACCGACUGUUUCUUCGCCGUCGUUGAACCCUCCGCUGGUAGUUAGAAACGUAGCUGCUAUAAACGGUCAGCAAAGCCCAGCUGUGACCCCGAAAACCCCGGUACCCCAGCUAAAAAUUGCACAUGUGCAGUCUCUGGUCCAAUCUCAAACUGCCAAAAGCGGUCCACAUCAGAGCAAACUGUCCAAUGGAAAGCAAACACCAACAGUAACGCAAUUGAUGAAUCACCAAUCGCAACCUGGAGCAGCGAACAUGAUAUCCAUUCCCGGGAAGGCACCGUUGGUUGCCUCGCAGGUAAAGUCUCCGCCUGCAAACCAGCAACCACCUGCCAAAGCUGAUCCUCGGAGAAUAAUUUUAGGCAGUAGUUCCAUAAAGCUGUUGAACAACAGUCCCAAACAGUUACAACCCAUCGCUCCAAAACCACCAUAUGGCACUGUUUCAGCAAUGAAUUCGGUCACCACAACUACUUCGACACAGCAACGCAUUAUUGUUCAGAGAAAGCAAGUGCAGACUGUCGUUCAAUCUGCGAUUAAUCGUAAUACUGCUGGCACCGCAGCAAUUGAUAGUGUCAGCAGCGCUAACAGCAUGAAUGAUGGUGGUGAUUUCAACAGUACUAACGGGCAACCAAAUUCUCUUCUGCGCUCUCAACUUCUUCAACUGCCAACCAGAGUAUACCCGAGUACAUCUGGUGAACCAUCUACAACGCCCGGUCGAAAGAUAAUCAGCGUGAGUCCAACUGGUCGACAUUUGCAAAUUAAUAAUACGACCAUUUCCCGGUUGAAUUAAUCUCCCAUAAGUAGUUGUAGCGAAACAUUCAAGCGAAAUGACGGAGCUGAGACAGUGGCAGGUAUUUUAGGUAACCGUACAUUCUGCAGCAAAUUAUUGGAUUUAUUGUAUUAAGACGAACAAUUAUUCUUUCUAAUAAAGCAUUAGAACAAGAUGAA